GCCUUCUAUCACUCGAACUAGAAGGCAUCUACCGAUUCCUAGGUGUGUUGGCGCGCCAAAUGUGUAGUCCGCCCUACCGUGGCGGCCGGGCCUUCGUUGCUUCCUCGAGUCUCUAGACGCGCACUACGGUAUUGGCGCCGUAGGAAAGGGACUGAUCAGGUCGACUAUCAACUUGAUCUGCGGAGCCGACUGUACAGUCGCUUACUCAUUCCGGCCUCAAUGCCGUAUACGAAUAACACACAGAACGUGUACGCACACCGCGGGCAACGGCCCCAGGUAGACCCAGACCCAAAUUCAGGCGGAUGGCCGGAUCCGCCCCCUCAACCUCCUCCCAAGGCCGACCGUUCAGAAGGCGGUCCUGAAUCGUCAACCGACAGAAGACCGCACGAUUCGCCCCACGCGCGACACGCAUCACCCGCGUACUAUUCGAAAGCUCAGCCGUCAUCACAAACGUCUCAGUAUCCGACCGGUAGCAACUACUCCCAAGGACAACCCCGAACGCAUACGUAUCCAACCCAAUACGAUCAGCCAAAAGCAGCACCAUAUCAGCAUCAAUCGGAGGCUGCUGCACAGCACGAUACGACAGAUCCUUAUAUGAGAGGAAGGACGAGCAGUCAGCAGACUGGGGGCCAAUACUCUAGCUACACGAGCGCGGAAACCGCGUGGAGUGAUUGGAUAUGGAGCCACGACCAUAAGAAUCACUAUAAGCACCGUCGCAACGCACAAGGCUUGGACGAGUACCAUUGGCACGGAAGCUAAACUGCAAUGGAAGAGGUACAAGCUGCCUGUGCCGCCUUCGCUAUUUUCGUUGCUCCCAGCGUCACGACCAUGGCUAGUUCCUCGACUGGGUCGUGUGUUCCUUAUCACCAACCGUCCCUCUUUCUAUGUGACCUAUAUAC